AUGUCUGUAGUAACAAAUUCUUCUCUUCUUCCUACUACAUCACAGAGUCAACAGGGAAGCGCUCAGUCUUUGAGUACAGCAGAAGUUGCUGGAAUCGUUGCUGGAUGUAUUGUUGGCACCGUUUUGAUCAUCAUAAUUUGCGUUUGCGCUUCAAAAUGGAGAAAAAACAACAGAGAUAAGCGCUCAAAAGCAUCUAGAAGGUCGGCAACAUCUUCAUCACCACCGAAUCCUAAUGUUGUGGUUAAAAAUGAGUUACCAAUACUGAAGCCUAUUACACCUAAGCCAGUUCAUCGUCCACCGCCUACACCAAAACCAGUUCACCAUCCACCGUCCACACCAAAACCAGUUCAUCAUCCACCGCCUACACCAAAACCGAGCCACCAUCCACCGCCUACACCAAAACCGAGCCACCAUCCACCGCCUACACCAAAACCGAGCCACCAUCCACCGCCUACACCAAAACCGAGCCACCAUCCACCGCCUACACCAAAACCAGAUGAUGCAGGAUCAAAAGCAUUUCCAUUAUCUGAUUUAUGUCCACAAAGUUUACGCACACAAUAUUCUAAAAGGAUUCUUCGUCUAGAUAAACGUUAUUUUGAUUUUGCUCAUAAUUUGUGCUUUUGUUCACAUUGCUAUCCCAGUACAAAACCUGAUCGAUUCACAGUGGCUCAAUCUAUCUAUACUGUUCCGAGAGGUUGGACACGUUUUGGUCUUCGAGUCGACGACACCGUAAUAGCUAAUCGCAAGUUAUUUAAACAAUGGUACACAGCUUUCUAUGGGACAUCAAGAGAUAAUGUCGAAUCGAUUAUGCGCAACCUUUACGUACCUAUGCAUGGUGACAAACUGUUAAGUGGCGAAACAUUCAGUACACAUUUACCGGACAAGACGCAUGUUUACACGUCACCAUCUAUCCACUAUGCUUCCCUACGACAUAUAUGUCCAACCGAUGUUGUAAAAAUGAACAAUGAGUGGUAUGAUGUUCAAAUCGUGCUGGAGUGUAAACAAAAUCCCGAAGGAAUCAUCAAAAAAGCAGGACGUGAGAAAAAUGUAUGUCAGAUCAUACCCGAUGAUCAAAUUGAAUGGAUGACAAGUCGCAGAUCAUCAAUUGUACCAUAUGGUCUUCUUAUUCGUAGUCGAAAACAUCGAUGUACCAAAAAAUGUAACGAUUUACAUUCUUAG